CCUUCAGGUCCGCUACAGCUCGGUGACACGUAACUAAAGCUAAAGGUGGCGUGCUUGUUUAUGUUUCAUGGAGUUCACAUCUGUAGAAAAGUUAGCAAAAAAAAACUAGCUUAGGACUAGUUUUGUUUGUUUGUUAGUAGAAAAACCUCUUUUUGGAAUCUUUUGUUGACUUUUUGCAACUUUUUAAAAAAAAAAAAAAGUAAACAGAGCUGCAUGGGAAACUUUUCCUCCAUCCUGGGAAUGGAUGUUCCACACCCGAGGAUCUGCCUCCAUCUGACCUGCAGAGUCCUGCUUUAAAUGCCCAGGAAUGUUCAGCAGAUAAGAGGGAAAGUUUUGGACAAAGUUGUUGUAUAUGUUCAUUGUGGAGAACAUGGGCAGUGGGGUUUGCUCCAGAAAGCAAAGGAAAAUCUUCCAGUCUUUGCUUCUCACCACUGUGGUUUUUGUCCUCAUUUAUGGAGGAAUGAUUUGGUAUGAAAUGCACCAGGAGCUGAAGAGGACAGAAGCUCUGGCUCUGAAAUACCAGCAGCACCAGGAGUCUCUCUCAGCCCAACUCCAAGUGGUGUAUGAGCAUAGGUCCAGGCUGGAGAAAUCUCUACAGAAAGAGCGGCAAGAGCACAAAAAGUCCAAGGAAGAUUAUCUGGUUUAUAAACUGGAGGCUCAGCAGUCACUGAAUAAGGAGAAGCAAGAUGCCAGCAGCAGGUUUAACUCUCUACAUGCACAGCAUCAGAUCCUGAAGAAUCAGCAUGAGGAGCUGAAGAAGCAGUUCUAUGAGCUGCAGGAGCAGCAUCACGCUCAGAAUGAAGACCACAGUAAGGUCGUGGAUGGACACCAGCAGAGAUAUGAGCGAUUACAGCAGACUAAAGAGAUUGAGAUCUCUAAACUCAAAGAAAAUGUUUAUAACCUGCGGGAGGAGAACAGGCAGCUGAGGAAGGCUCAUCAGGAGAUCCAUGUGCAGCUUCAGGAUACAAGGCAACAGCACAAGAACUUAAAAGCAGCCCACGAUCAGCUUGCAAUGACCCUGGAGGACCACAAGAGUGCACUAGCCGUGGCUCAGGUCCAGGUGGAUGAGUAUAAGCAGCUGAAAGAGACUCUGAAUAAAAUGCCAAGUCUGAAGAAGCCUGAAGAACCUCAACCUGCUGUGGCUCAGAACAGACAAGCAGAGGAGCACAAGAAUACAGAGCAGGGGCAGAAACAAGAUGAGGGAAGGGUGGAAGGAGCACAGGAACAAGAGAGGAGGCAUGAAGUCAUGGAUCAGCCUCAGACAACAGAACAGCGUGAUCAGCUUCACCAUGAAGACGAAGAAGAAGAAGGGAAAGAACCAGAACAAAACCUGCCUGAUGAAAAUGCAUUAGAGAGGGAGAGUCACAUUGCACAGCCGGUGAGUAUUACUCAGGGAAACCACAUCAAAUCUGCCUACGAGCAGCAGCAGGACGAGCAGCGGCGUUUAGCUGCUCAGUUGGAGGAGGAACAGCACCAGCUGCUUCAGAGACAGGAAGAACUACGGAGAGAGAGGGAGGAGAGAGAACGAAUGGAGAGAGAGAGAGAGGGGAAAGAACUGCUGGCAAGGGAAAUGGAGGAGAAAGAACGGCUGGAGAGGGAGAGGGAGGAGAGAGAACAGAUAGAAAGAGAGCAGGAGGAGAGAAGGCAGCGAGCAGAGCAGCAGCAGCACAGAGAACUCCAUGAACAGCAGCUCCAGGAGGAACAGCUCAGAAAAAAACUGCCGAAUGUAAAUAUGGAGCCUGGCGCUGUCCAUCAUGAUGAAGAUAAUAAUGUUCACCAUGAGGAGGCGCGGGGGCAAGAGGAACACAAGCAGGUGCGUCAUGAAGAGCAGACCCUGGAGGCGGACAUCGAUCCAGCAGACGAUCCCAACAAUCAAGGAGAGGACGAGUUUGAGGAAGCUGAGCAGCAGGUCCAUGAGGAAGAGGAGGAAGAAGAGCCGGUGCCUGCUGGACACGCUGAUACACACUUAAUCAAAGACAAUCAGCAGCAUGCUCCUGCUGAUGAACAGCUGGUGAUGGCAGGAAACCCGGACCAGCAGGAAGACAAUUUGGAGGAGCAAUAUCAGGAAGAGGGAGAAGAUGAGGCUCAGGAAGAUUUGGCUGUGGAGCAGAAACAGGAAGGAAGAGGAGAAGAAGACGCAGAUCCUUAUAAUGAAGAGAACGGAGAACAGGAUGACGCUAGAGAGCAGGAGGACACGGGACCUGAGAAACAGCCUGCCAAAGAACCUAAUGAGGAGGAGAACUAUGAAGAGGAAGAGGAGGAGCCAGAAGAAGAGGCCAAUCACAGGGCAGAGAUGUGAGCCUUUUCUUUGUGUUCUUUCGUUACUGUAGCAGGAUUAAACUGUGUGAAGCAGCAAUUCCACUGGAACGAUCAUCAUCUUUUGCGAUAAGACACCCUUGAGCUGGACAUGCUUAGACUGAUCAAAAUCUGCUGAUCUGGUUAAAUAUAUUUCUGUUCACUGUGCCUUUAUUUUGCUAAUUUGUAAAUGGAGCACUGUUUAAUGAGAAAGCUGAUCGUUCUGAUUUUAGAGCAACGCUAUAGACAGAAUGUUUAUGAUCAGAGUGCCAUUUUUAAAAAAAUUGAAAAUAUUUAAUGUUUACCUUUAUAUAUGUAACUUUUCUUGUCUUUUUUAAGCUUGUUACUGUAUAUGGCUGGAUGUUUUUGAAAAUGGACAGUGCUUUAUAAGAAUACGAUUAGUGUCACUACAUGAAUGAAUGUUUAUUAUUUGUUGGAAGAUGGAUGUUGCUAAUGACCAUAUUUUUAUUUUAUCUUUAUAAGUGUUGAAUAAUUUUUUGCAGUGCAUACACACAAAGAAAAUAUUUUAAGCUACUACAAAAUAACUAGAGCAACCUGGAUCUGAGGUAUUAGAAAUUUGGCUUUUGUGUCAUAUUUGAAUGUCGUGUUUCUGGUGGUUUUUCUUUCUUAUUAUUUCACAUGGUGUUGUAUGUCGGAUUUGGCUAUCAUAUUGAACAUUUAGUACAGUUACUGUGCAUUUAGCACCGUCAAGUCUCUACUUGGGAACAAGCCCUCAUAAAUCUCGGAUAGAAAUGAAAAAGCUAAACGUCGUGCUGUGUUAAUUGUGCAGUUUAAACCCUCAGGCCCUGAUUUAUGAACAUCCUGAAUAACGCCUGCUAAUUUUUGCGUGUUCUGUACAUAAGUACGUAUGUUUGAAUGAAAACCUUUUGACAGUCUCUGUGUAAAUGAAGGUGCCAAUGGAGAUGUGAAUGUGUGGCGAAAAAAAAAAUGUGAUAUGAAACUUUACUGCAGUAAUAUUUAGUCAUUUUUUUAAAAUCUUUUUUUGGGAUACUGAAGCAUGAUAUUUCUCAUUAUUAACCUAGUUUAAAAAAAAAAAAAGUCUAGUAACUGGUAUGGAAAUGGAUGGAAUUUUGCAAAUAUAAUGCUCGGCUGUAAUAAUGUGCGCAUGCAAUCACA